AUGGUUAGACUUCAGAUGGUUGACUUAAUCACGAAACAUGUUCUCCAUCAUCCAACCUGGGGUUGCUUUCAUUAUAAACACAACUGCCCAAGCCAAGACAUCUCUGCGUGCAUGCUUAGCUCGAUGCAGAGGUGCAUCGCCCAAGAGAGGCAGCUCAUUUUGAUAAGAGCCCGGGAGCCAAAAGUCAUGACGUGUACGGAGAGUGAGAUUGGGGUAUGGAACCUUUUCUCCCCCUUGUACGCAGUGUUAGUCAUACCAGCAGACCUCGAUACCCCUCAAUUAUUGACAAGGCAUUCGCUUAAGGUAAUGUACCGCAAGAUGAAUGAGGGGCACGGAGGAUCCUACGGAAGCACGAGAGAGAAGGGGGAGAGGCGCGGGGAACAGGUGCCGGUCCACCGGGGGGCCGCGGGGGGAAAACCCGCUGCGCUGGUGGAGACUUGGGUGUAUGUACGUACCUCCAUCCGCUGCCCGGCGUCCUUCCGGCUUAUGUCAGCUUACAAGAGGCACCUUCACUCCUCCCGGUUGAUCUUCGGCUCUGUCUCCUUAUCUUAUCAGCGAGCCCCGACUGGGCACUUUCCCGGCAAGAGGUUUUCCCGCUCGGAACGGCCGAACAGCGAGAUGGCUUAUCACGACUCGGACGGUACUGACUUUGGCAAAGCAUUCGUCACCUCAUGUAUCCAUCUUCUCGUCAUACCCCGAUCAAGCCUGUUCCGUAAUCUCACGGCAUGUGGCCCACGCAUCAUAUAUCCAGAUUCUGACGUUCUGGCUCGCAGGUGCAGCCUGGAAAGUCUAUCUUCUGCCUAUCUGUCCAUACUGGCUACUCAGUCACGAUCAGUCAAGAAAUCCGAGAGACCGUGCCAAGAGCCAUCUGCAACAGCUCUUCUACAGGUUAUGCAGCAUCGUCACAUACCCUGCGCCACAGAGUCUCAUACCAUCGGUUCCUGCAUGUUGCGAGUCUCAAAGAUCUGCACAAAGAUCGCUUACGCAGAAAGCUUCUUUUGCAGCGUGAACCCGAGGAAACGUCCAAGAGUUGACUCUCCGCCAUUCAACGGACCAGGCCGCGUUUGCCAAGUUGACACUGCCGAAGCGCAAAACGAUGUGGAGCUGCCAUUGGCUGAGCCAUCGUACCUGCAUAUCCGCCUCAAUAACGUCUUGUCUUCUGAUACGCCACCUAGGCAUGAUUCAGUCUGGUCACUUCAGACGAUCCCCCUGAACAAGUACCUUGGUUUCCACGACUAUCAGCAGGCCCUACGAAAUCGCCGCUGGGGAAGCAGGCAGCUUGGCAGCCCACCUUACCCGCGCCAUUUCAUGCACCAGAUUCGUCCGCCACUCAUAUCCACUGGCGGCUGGUCGCCGCUAGACGUCCAGCACCCGAUCUUGUCAUCUGAGUGGGCUGUGGUGCACCACGGUUCGCUACGAGAUGCUCUUUACCACUGCCGUCUGAAAGGAUUCUCCGUCGUUCUCCACGCCAGCUUACCAUAUGAUAUCAAGGACGACAUGAAAAUCGACGUCGGUUUUGCCUAUGUGGCUCGUGAUGCAAGAUUGCAUCGUAUUGCGUUUGCUGAAAACUUUGCUGCAGAGCCGCGGACUAGUCUAACUAUGCUGACCUUAAUUCUCACUUUUCCCCCCUUCUCUCCACAACUUUCUCGGCAAGCGACGAUUUACCUCUCAGCCUGCAUGGAAUCGCAAGAGGGCAAGGUUCCCGAAGCUUCCAGCCUGCAUUCGGGCGAAGUCGAACCGCCGAUGUGGUCGCGAGGAGAUGACAGCCAACCCUUGGCUUCCACGACCUGGCCCCCUCGUCCCUUUGGCGCCAUAGGUAAGCUUAAGACCAGGACUCCGCUUGCCGAGAGCGUAGAAGGGCAGAGGGGUACUCCAGGCCAGCCUCCAGGACACACCAUCUUAAGAGAGGCGCUGAAACGAAGCGACAUCGGACGAGUUGGUCUAUCUCGCGUCUUCUUGCAGAAUUCUGCUCAAGGCUUACAUCAGACGAGGAGAGCCUCCACCCACGAAACGCCCCAGCGAAACGCGAGCCAGAUGCAAGGUAGUAUCCUCCACCCAACGCCGAUCCGGCUCUAUGCGGUGCGUGGCUCUCGUGAGGUCGGGCACUUGAGCCGUGAACUCUAG